AUGAUCUGGUUACCAGACAUAAUCCUCUACAAUAAUGCACAUGGCAGCCCUUGGGUGUCUGCGAUAACAAAAGCCGAAGUCUAUCACGAUGGUAGAGUGACAUGGAUACCACCUGUGGUAUACCACUCAUUCUGUCCUAUCAACAUCGAAUGGUAUCCGUACGACAUACAGCAAUGUGAACUCAAAUUUGGCAGUUGGACUUACAGCGGUACACAACUUGAUUUGAUGCAUGUAAGUCUACAGUCGUUUCGAUAGUC